CUGCCUCCUGCACUGGUGAGCGAAACCAAGUGUGGGGGAGGACUGAGAGGCGCGCGCGCGGGGGUUGCGUGCUCCGUCUGCAUCUAUUCUCCCUGCUGCCCUCGGUCACCCCUCCUGCAAGCCCGGGGCGAGGAAACUUGAAGAGUCAGCCUUUGAGUUGAAGGCGGGAAAAUGGCGGAUUCCUCGGGGCGCGGAUCUGGGAUGACUUCUGCCGGGGGUCCCAGUACUCCUAGUGGCCCUAAGCCGAAAGGAAAACGAACACAAGGUGGAAAAGUGGUCGAAUCCCGAUAUCUGCAGUAUGAGAAGAAAACCACCAAAAAGGCUCCUGCAACAGAUGCUUUAAAGACCAGUGGGAAGAUAUCUGAAGGUGGAAGGAAACCUAACUCACUCCAGAAGAGCAAAGAGAGCAGUGGCAUCUUCAGCAAAGGUGACCUACAGUCCACGUUACUGGAUGGACACGGCACCGCCCCACCGUAUCUGGACCUCUCAGCUAUUAACGACAAAAGUAUGCUCAGAAAGACUCCACAAUUAGAAAAAACAAUGUCAAAGAAAACCGAGUCGACAUCAUUUUCUGCCUCGCAGGAAAAGGACUCAGAUCUCUCUGAAUUGAUGGAAUCCCAAACAUUGCUCCUGACUGUACUGGCCGUGAAGAUAGAAAAUAGUCUUGCAGCUUUUGAAGAAAAGGCAGAAAGGAAUUUAUUACUGAUGUGCCGAGAGAAGGAGACACUCCUAAAAAAGGCCCAUGAGCUGAAGCGCAAACUUCUCCUCUGUCAGAGGAAACGGGAGCUGGUGGAUGUCCUCAACCCUCAGAUGGAGAUGCUCAGUCCCUAUGAGGCUGUGUCUGAAUGCUUUAAGGAGCAGUACAAGACAUUCGCAGCGGCCCUGGACACCACGAGGCACGAACUGCCUGUGAGAUCGAUUCACCUAGACGGAGACGCGCAGCAGUUCUUAGAUGAUUUGCAGCGGGAAUUGAUGACCACACGCCGUCUGCUGGGAGAACUUGGGGUCUGCAGUUCAGAAGAAAAUGGGAAAGCACUAGACCUGCUGGGUGAACUCAAGGAAGUGACUCAAAAGAAGGAUCUAGAGCUCCGAAGGAGCUUUGCCCAGGUGCUGGAACUUUCUGCUGGAGUAAGUAAAGAGGCAGCCUUAAUCAACCAGGAGGUCUGGGAAGAGGCCCAGGGCCCCAUGGCCCCCCACCGGUGGUAUUUCAUUGAGGAGGGCACCCAAAGGGAAAGUCGGGGAGAGGCCGGCAGCCUGCUCCUCUCAGGUGCUGACAGGCCAUGUGCACUGUGAAUCCACAUGCAGGCUGUGUGUCCAGCCCAAGCGGGACCUUCCUGCAAACCAUCAGGAAGAAAGCACAUCCUGUGCCACUUGUCCAGGGCACGUCUGCCAGAGAGGCAGGGAGGUGGUACUCUGGAAAUCCAAGCACUUUAGUUUCUUAGUUCAGCAGUAUAGCCGUU